UAUUCCCUUUUUUAAAAUCUGCGGACAACCCGCAAAAAGUGGUGGGGUAAGAGGCAGCAACAUGGGUAUCCCCUACGGGUCCUGAGAAGAUCGGAAGUAAAAGUGGGGCAGGUUUGAGACACCCAGAAACUGAAGUUCACGAUGACGUACAAAGGUAAAAUCCGAUUUGCAAAGUUAGAUGCGACUUCAGUAAUAGAAGAACAAGACUUUGUAAUGCGCAUUGAAUAUGUACAAACUAAGCGAAAGAUCCACCAAUUUGCGUCAUUUUUACCCGACGAAAUUCUACAGUUUCAUGGGUCAACUCUUCAAAUGCGCCAGCAUCAUCAUUUUGUCGGAGUGUUAUUAUGCACAGAUAUAUCUGGUAUUAAUCAACUUAUAGAAAAAUAUUACAAUGGUAAAAUGGGUGAAUUAUACAACAUCAGUGUUAAUUUAAACACAUACAUCGGAUCAAUCAUUGAGGUUGUCCGAUGUUAUGGUGGUGAUGUGCUCAGCAUCAGGUGCAGUAAUUUUAUAACAAUGUGGAAAUGUCUACCAGAUCAAUCAAUCCACGAAAUUUUACACACUGCUAUCGUUUGCGCGAGUGUAUUACAACGUCUUUUAGGAUCAUUCAACACCGAUGAAAAAGUGACACUUAAUCUAAAAACCGUCAUAUCCUGCGGUAAUAUAUCCUACGGAAUAUUUGGUAAUUACAACACCAAGAAAUCUGUAUUCAUUGGAGAUGCAUUCAAAUCAUUACGACCGUUAAUCGACGAUGCUACAUUUAAUAAAGUCGUUGUCAGUGAUAGUUCAUGUCCACAUAUGGUUCAAGAUCGUUAUACAGUUGAGAAAACCCAAAUGGGUUACGUAACUGUUUCGAAAAUAUCCUACUCAUCUCGGGAAGUUGCAAAAAAGACCUGCUUUGAUGAAAAAUACUCAGAAGUUGCACGUCUUAUAGAAGAACACUUUAAACAAAAAGACGCACUUAUUCAUAUGCUGCAUUCAUCUAGACUUGUCGCUAAUAUGCAAAAACACAACAAAUUUAUAAAAUCACUACCUGUACGAGAAGAAAUUUUAUUAGCACCGAAAUAUUGGACUUUGGAAGAAAUGCAAACAUUACAGCAUGAAGUUAUUUUUGAACAUUUGACUGAUAGUCAACCUGGAGAUUAUUUAACAGAAAUGAAAGAAAUCACAUGCAUGACUUUGAAAGUUGCACUGGAAUCAGAUACACCUAAUAUUUUAUUAAAUAUCGUAGAUGACGUAUUCGUGAUGUUAGUGAACGAAAUUAAACAGUUGCAGUGUGUAAUUCAGAAUAUUCACGUAGUAGAAACUGGAAUUGUGAUAGAAAUUUUGUUUGGUUUACUAGCUAGUAAACGCGAGAAUGAAGUUGCUUCAGCACUUGGACUAGCCAGAAAUAUGUCGUGCCUCUUAGCAGGAAAAACUCAUGUGAUUGGUGUUUCGGCGGGACUUUCAAGUGGAAAUGUAUUUUGCUCUGUUGUGGGACACCCAUUGCGUAGAGAAUAUGUCAUCACAGGACGACCUAUUCAACAAGCGUUUCGUUUAUCAUCAUUGGUGCUUGAUAAAGUUUUAUGUGACUUGAAGGUAUUCAAAAGUGCACGUCUUUCGUCACGGUAUUUUAAACUAUACAAAGAGGAAGAAGAUUCCGAAGGAAAAAUUGAUUAUUUAAUGGAAUACAAUGAAACUUUUGAUACUGCAGAAGAACCUGUAAACUUGUAUCCGUUGAUUGAUCGCAUGGGUGAUUUUAAUUUAACUGUAGCAAUGAUUAAGAAUGCUGAUAAGGUUAAAUUCAAUUCUGUUUGUUAUCUUUCAGCAGAAAAAUAUGGCAAAACAACACUUUUAUUACACUUGCAUAAAGAAGCACAAAACCACAAUUGCUUCACUGUUCUAAUCACGCUGUUGGAGAUGUUCAAACGCCCAUAUUAUUGUGUAACUGAAAUUUACCGACAAAUUUAUGAUCAAAUAUUCACGGUUGAUGCAGAAGUUGAAGAGUCCUUAGAUAUACCUAAGGUUCUUGUUUCGUUUGGGAAAAGCAGUGAUGCUGAAGAUUUAUCUAUGCAAAAAUAUCGCACUUUGAACCAUUUUCGUGACAUUGUUGCAUUAGCAUCAAACACAAUUGUGGUUUUUAUUGAUAAUGUGCAUUAUAUUGAUCAGCAAAGUUUGGAAAUUUUGGAAUUGACGUUAGCUGUUGGUAAUUUAAGAGUGGCAAUGGCAGGAUCACCGAAAAAAAUGCCCAAGUUCUUUCUUCAAAAACUACAGAAAAAUAGUGAUAUUAGAGUGAAGGAAUUGCUACCGAUGAAGGAUCGAUACAUAGCUAAAUUAGCGUGUUCUCUGUUGCAAUCUGAAGGAAUGUCGCAUCGUUUAGUUAAAUUACUAAUUCACACUUGUGAGGGAAACCCGGGAAACUUAGAAUCUUUACUUUUGAAGCUAAUAAAUAACCAAACGAUCUAUAUUUUCUUAUCGAACAGAUAUAAUAUGGAUACCUCUUCAUUCUAUUAUCCCAAUAUGAAUGAAGUUGUAGAAAUGACAUCUGCCUUUCCUGUAGUGGAUUAUUCAUCAGCACAAGCAGUAGAAUCAGCAAAGUUUGCACUUAAUAUGAUCUUUCAAGACCUGUAUGAUUCUGUGUCAACAUUUUUACAACUUAUACUCAAAACUGCUUCUGUAAUCGGCACACAAUUUGGAAGACACCUUCUACGCUUGAUGUUAAAUCUACCUUCCGAGAAUGACUUAGCACAAGCAAUCAAACAACUCUUUGAAGACAAAAUAAUUAUAUGUGCAUCAGUUGCAUUAUACCAGAAAAUGUACAAUCCGGCUAUAAUAUGCUGUUCUUGUUACUUUGAAAAUGAGAUUGAAGAUAAUCCAGAUAUACCAAAAUACGCAUAUUGUAAAUUGAUGCAGUUUAAAAAUGAAAAUUUAAGACUGGUUGCAUACAAUCGCCUGCCAGAAAAUCAACGUCAUACUUUGCAUGUGAUGUGCGCUGAUGUUUUGGAGAAAAUGACGCAUAUUUGCCCAAGUUGUAUGCGCAAUCCUUCAAACUACUACGCAUUUUUUGGAACUUAUGAUAGAUUUGUUGAAUAUUGUAAAGAUCCAUCAACUACAGCACCGAAUUACUACACUUAUGCAAGGGAUAGUUAUGAAAAUAUUAAACAAGCAAUAAAUGAUCAAAUAAACAAUCGGAAAUUCGAUGAAAACGAAAAUGAUUCAUCAGAAAAUACAAAAGAAUCUAUUGUAAUAGAUGAAAAGUACAUACCUUUGAAACGUGACUACGAUCCUUCAUCUUGUCGUUGUCUUGAAAUGCUCUUUGUGAUUUACGAAGACUUAAUCAGACACUCAGCCCAAGCGAAUGAAACCGGCAAGAUGAUUUUCUAUAAAUUAAAAUUUGGAUUAAUUCAGGUGUCUAUGCGUGAUAUAACUGGAGCAAUGAAAACUUUACAUGAAACACGCGAAUUGAGUUUAGUAAAUUGUGGGCUUGAAAAUAAUGAAUUAUCGCCAAUUUUUCGCAAGUAUCACGUUGGCAAAGCUUCCAUCGGGCUUGCAAUUUGUAAUCUUAAAACGAAAAACAUCGCAGGAGCAAAAAGUAAUAUUAUCCUAGCAUUAAGACAGUAUCAUGUACCUCUGUUAGCGUUUUCUUUCAAACACUUACGAUUUUUAUUGAGAAGAAAACCUAUGCGAUUGAAAACUCUGAGACCAUAUAGUAAGAAAAAAGAUGCUUUUGGUUGGGACAUGGGUUGUGCACUAUUCAUUUGUGCAAAAGUAUUUUCAAUGGAAAAUAAUUGGAAAAUUGCUAGAGAUUGCUGCAAAUGUGGAAUUUCACUAAUGAAAGCUAAUAAUAACAAUAUUGGUAUGUUAUUGGACACUUAUACGGAUGCAAUACAAAUAUUUAGUAUUUCUGGAGAUCAACAAAGUUGUGAAAGAUUACAGGCUUAUCUCGUACGUGAGUUUCAGUCAUACUAUGCAAAAAACGAUCUGUUUACCUUUCAUAUUUUAUUGGAUAUGUUAUAUAUCGUAUUGGAAUUAAACGUUGCGAAAGGAUUAUUAAAAGAAUCUUUAUGCCUGGGGUAUAGAUUUAUGCAUUUGGCUGAUCAAUCGAAAGUUUUGAAGAUAAAUCCAUCAGUUUUGUUUUUGUUAUGUGAGCUUAACAUAUACAACUUAUCUUUUCAAAAUUUUAUCGAUAUGAUACUAAUGUUAUACCGAUAUUUAAAUCCGAAUCAUAUUUAUAAUUAUUUACAUUAUUAUGUGAUGUGUAUGUAUUGUUAUAACAAUACAGGAUUUCACGUUCGGGAAUUUGAUGAAAUCUUGAAAUUUGCAAAAAAUUAUUUCACAAACAGUACGCAUAAAAUUACAAACACUGAAAGAACACUGAAACUUUUGAUUCACGUACACUUUUUACGAAGUAAUCGAUAUUCACGAGCGACUAGAUGGGACGCAGAAGUUGAUUUUACGAAAACUAUUCGUACAAAUGGUAAAAUGAUUAAAUUGAUGUUGGUGCAAAUGGAAGCAUAUUUAUUGAAACUGGUACGUAGCAUUCGAAUAGAAGAAUAUGUAUCGCAAGUUUUUUUGAAAGACAAAAUACGAUGUUUGUUUGCCUGGUUAAAAGAGGUUGUUAGACACACGGUAAUAUAUCAACCUGCAUAUUAUGGUUUACACGCUUGGUAUUCGAUGCUAAAGAAGAAAAAAUCGAAAGCUUAUGGAGAUUUAGUUAAAAUGUACAAUAUUGCAGAAAAGCACAAUAUUGGUUAUUAUAAAGCAUUGGCUAUAAGAUUAAGAAAUCAUUGGGAAGGUGGAUUUAUGCUUGAUUUUGUUUCACGGCCUCAUGUUGCGAUUCAAGAGGCGCCGACGUAUACAUUUUGGCAGUUUGCACAAUUUUUGCAUUCUUAUAUACUAUUAUAAGUUAAUGUUUUUAGAAAUAAAUAAUCUAAGAUAAACCAUCA